AUGAGAUCCCCGCGCCGCAGCCUCUCCGCGAUCCUGUUCCUGCUGCAGGUCUCAUCAUGGCUCUGCCAGGAGCAGGAGCCCGAGCCCUGCCGCCCCGGCUUUAGUGCCGAGGUCUACACGUUCCAGGUGCCGUGGAGGCACCUGGAGAGAGGCCACCUCCUGGGCAAAGUGAGAUUUGAAGGGUGCACUGGUCGGCCAAGGACAGCCCACUUUUCUGAGGACUCCCGAUUCAAAGUGGCCACAGAUGGUACCAUCACACUCAGCCGGCCUCUGAAGCUUCAUAAACUGCAGACCAGUUUUCUUGUCCAUGCCUGGGACUCUACUCACAGGAAGUUUUCCACCAGAGUGAUACUGAAGUCUGUGGGGCACCACCAGCACCGGCACCACCACCAUGACCCUGUCUCUGGAUCCCAACCAGAAAUGCUCACAUUUCCCAGCUCUCACCAGGGUCCCAGAAGACAGAAACGAGACUGGGUUAUCCCCCCCAUCAGCUGCCCGGAAAAUGAGAAGGGCCCAUUUCCUAAAAACUUGGUUCAGAUCAAAUCCAAUAGGGACAAAGAAACCACGGUUUUCUACAGCAUCACUGGCCAAGGAGCUGACAGACCCCCUGUUGGUGUGUUUAUCAUUGAGAGAGAAUCAGGCUGGCUGAAAGUGACAGAGCCUCUGGAUAGAGAAAAUAUUGCCAAGUACAUUCUCUAUUCCCAUGCUGUGUCAUCAAAUGGGGAAGCAGUGGAGGAUCCCAUGGAGAUUGUGAUCACAGUGACUGAUCAGAAUGACAACAGACCAGAGUUCAUCAAGCAGGUCUUUCAUGGAAAUGUCUUAGAGGGUGCUCGUCCAGGGACCUCUGUGAUGCAGGUCUCAGCAACUGAUGCAGACGACAAUGAGAACACUUACAAUGCUGCUAUCGCCUAUACCAUCAUCAGCCAAGAUCCUGAGCUGCCUCAUAAGAACAUGUUCACUGUCAAUAGAGACACAGGGGUCAUCAGUGUUGUUACCUCUGGGCUGGACCGAGAGAGUUAUCCUACAUAUACCCUGGUGGUUCAAGCUGCUGACCUUCAAGGCGAAGGCUUAAGCACAACAGCAACAGCUGUGAUCACCGUCGAUGAUAUUAAUGAUAACGCCCCUGUCUUCAACCCAACCACGUACCUGGGUCAAGUGUCUGAGAAUGAGGCCAAUGCCUAUAUCACCACACUCAAAGUAACUGACAAUGAUUUGCCCCAUACUCCAGCGUGGGAGGCCGUGUACACCAUAGUCAAUGAUCCUGAACAACAAUUUGUUAUCAUCACAGACCCCACAACCAAUGAUGGCACUCUGAAAACAACUAAGGGCUUGGAUUUUGAGGCCAAGCAGCAGUACAUUCUGCAUGUGACAGUGGGGAAUGUGGUCUCUUUUGAGGGCUCUCCUGUCCCUUCCACAGCCACUGUCACUGUAGAUGUGCUCGAUGUGAACGAAGCCCCCAUCUUUGUGCCUGCUGAGAAGAGAGUGCAAGUGCCUGAAGACUUUGGUGUGGGUCAGGAAAUCGCAUCUUAUACUGCCCGAGAGCCAGACAUAUUCAUGGAGCAGAAGAUCACGUAUCGGAUUUGGAGGGACACUGCCAAUUGGCUGGAGAUUAACCCAGAGACUGGUGCCAUUUCCACCCGGGCUGAGAUGGACAGAGAAGACACGGAGCACGUGAAGAACAGCACAUAUACAGCUCUCAUCAUUGCCACAGACGAUGGUUCACCAAUUGCCACUGGCACGGGGACCCUUCUCUUGGUUCUAUUUGACAUCAAUGACAACGCUCCCAUCCCAGAACCUCGAAGCAUGCAAUUCUGCCAGAGGAACCCACAGCCUCAUGUCAUCAAUAUCCUUGAUCCAGACCUUCCUCCCAAUACAUCGCCCUUCACUGCUGAACUAACACAUGGGGCCAGUGUCAACUGGACCAUCGAGUACAACGACCCAGCUCAAGAAUCUCUCAUUUUGAAGCCAAAAAAGGCCUUAGAGUUGGGCGAUUACAAAAUCAAUCUCAAGCUCAUGGAUAACCAGAAAAAAGACCAGGUGACCACGCUGGACAUCAUUGUGUGUGACUGUGAAGGGGCUGUCAACAACUGCAUGAGGUCGGGGUAUGUGGAAGCAGGAUUGCAAGUUCCUGCCAUCCUGGGGAUUCUUGGAGGGAUCCUGGCUUUGCUGAUUCUGAUUCUGCUGCUCCUACUGUUUUUGCGGAGGAGAACGGUGGUCAAAGAGCCCCUGCUGCCCCCAGACGAUGACACCCGGGACAAUGUAUAUUACUAUGAUGAAGAAGGAGGUGGAGAAGAGGACCAGGAUUAUGAUUUGAGCCAGUUGCACAGGGGCCUGGAUGCUCGACCUGAAGUGACUCGAAAUGAUGUUGCUCCCACUCUCCUGAGUGUGCCCCAGUAUCGUCCCCGCCCAGCUAAUCCUGAUGAAAUUGGGAACUUCAUCGAUGAAAAUCUGAAGGCAGCCGACAGCGACCCCACAGCACCUCCUUACGACUCUCUGUUGGUGUUUGACUAUGAGGGGAGCGGUUCCGAAGCUGCUAGCCUGAGCUCACUUAACUCCUCUGAGUCGGAUCAGGACCAGGACUACGACUAUCUGAACGAGUGGGGCAACCGCUUUAAGAAGCUGGCUGAUAUGUAUGGUGGCGGCGAGGAUGACUAGGGGACUAGAGAGGAGUCCCUGGGAGAUGCAGAAUAAUGUUGCCUUUCAGAUUCUUCCUUGAGUUUCUAAGAGAGAGACUUACCCAAGAUGCAGUUUGCAUCCCAUUCUACCAGUCUACUGUGUGUUAGGUUGUCACCUAUUCUCAAAAUCGGUUUUUUAUUUUUACAGUGCUAGGAUUUAAACUCUUCCACUGAGUUAUAUAGGCUUAACCUCUCCUUCUUUAUUUUUAAUUUUUUAAAAUUUUAAUUCCAUCCCCCCCCACCCCCACCCCGUGGAUGAGGCUGAAUCUGGGACUUUACAGUGUGAGAUAAGCACUCUUGUUACUGAGCUGUAGCCCCAGUUCAAAUCUUUUAUUUCAAAAUGACAGUUUCAGUCUCAGAAGGCUCAGCUAGCACUGGAAGUUUUCCUUUAUGUUCAAGAGGCAGGGGAGGGUGUCUGCCCUACUUCUGUUUCACUGUGUAUAGGAAAUGGUUUGUUUUUGUUUUUGAGCUAGGGAUCUAGUCAAGUGUCGUGUCCCCAAGCCCUUCACCCCACACUAAGACUUUUAAAUUGUGUACUUUCCCACAAUUUCUACAUUUGUGUUCUGUAUUCUAAUACGCACUUAUGCUCCUGAAUUCUGUUGCCCUGCCCAGGUGCUUUUCUAUGAUGCAGAAAUGACUGGGUCCUUUUCUGGUAACAGACAGGUGUCUUGGUGUGGGUGCAACUGAACUGGAUAUUGUGUGUUUCAAAGACCUUUCACGGGUUUCCUUCCUUACCUCUGGAGCACUCACUUGAAAUGGGCAUUCCUUAUCUGGAGUCAGUUUCUCAGGCGAAAGCUGUAGUGGGAAAAGUCUCCUUGGUUCUCUAUGGGGAGCUGUGACCAGAACACGUAGGAAGGUUUUUAGGCACUACUUGGUUUCUUAUGUUUCCUUCACAUCAACAUAAAAGAGCCAUGUAUGCUGAGACUUAGACUAGUGCCCAGAGUGCUAAAGCCAAAGACAGAGGAGAGGAAAUUUGAGAGACUGGCUUGGGGGUGGCAACUAUGUCACUGAGCCUGGCCAGAUAGCACACUGAUGGUGAGAGUGCACAGGUGGCUUGGCCUCUUUCCCAGAAAAUUUCUGGAAGAAUAGAGGGAUCUCACCAUGUUUUUCCUGACUGGAACCCUUGUCCAUGCAUCCCCAAAGCCCAGGAGACAUGACCUUCCAAUACCUGCUUUUGAUAGUAGCUACAGAAAAUGCUGGCUGAAUUGGAUCAAGGUUAUUGAGUUCUAAGUAUGCAUAGAAAACUGAGAAUGUGCUGGGCAGUGAUGGCGCACACCUUUAAUCCCAGCACUUGGGAGGCAGAGGCAGGCGGAUUUCUGUGAGCUCCAGACAAGCCUGGUCUAUAAGAGCUAGUUCCAGGACAGCCAAGGCUACACAGAGAAACCCUGUCUUGAAAAACCAAAAAAAGAAAAAAAGAAAAUGAGAAUGUUAGAAAUUGUGCAUUUUCUCAUAGAAGCCGCAAGAAAACACUGUUCUAAUGGGAGGAAGGGGGUGAGGGUCUUGACUCAAUCUUUUCUUAAUUCAAAAUGCAAAUCUCAGUUUCUUGAUAACCACUGGAGAGAGUUCCUUGAAAGUGCUUUACUCUCAACUAUUUUUGGACAAAAACAAUGCCUGCAGUCAACUGUGAGAACUGUUGAUUUCUCUGUAGUUUAAAUGUCUAAUGUAGUCAGUAUAGAGUGUCACUUGUAUGUAGUUUGAGUGUAUAUGUGUGUGGGUGCUGAUAAUUUUGUAUUUUGUGGGGAGUGGAAAGAUAAGCAAUUGAAACUGUUUUUAUAAAUUUUAUUAAAGAGUUUUGUUAAA